GGCGGUGAGCUGGAGCGAAGCAGCAGCUGUCGGUUAACGGGAGGAACGGGACUGUUUAACACCUGAAACCACCGACAGAGACACCGAGCAGUCAGUGGAGGUUCAGCCGAGGAUCAGAGCCAGAGUCCCGCCGCAGUUAGAUGUGAUUCAGGGGUCAUGGCGGAGCGGCAGGCGGGGAGCUCGUGGAAGAAACACAUCUCCGAGCAGCUGAAGCUCAGAGACCGAGUCCAGAAACAAGCGUUCGAGGAAAUCAUCCACCAGUACCUCCACCUGCUGGAGAAAGCCGACCUUCAGGCUGUUCUAUCAGAGCGAUAUCAGCCUGAGAAAUAUGAUCAGCAGAGAGGACACGAUGCCGGUUCGGGGGCAGACUCUGGUCGCAGUGACGCUCUGCAGCAGGAAAUGUCUCAGAUGAGAAUCAAACAUCAAGAAGAACUGACAGAGCUGCACAAGAAGAGAGGAGAGCUCGCUCAGAACGUCAUCGAACUGAAAAAUCAGAUUCAAGAAAAAGACAAAGAGAUCCAGAGCAACGAGGCCACGAUGUUGGAUUAUCAGCAGCAGAUCUCUAAGCUGGAGGGAGACUGUCGGGAGCUCCGGAGCUUCCUGCAGGAUCUGGAGAGAGCCAAUCAGACGCUGAAGGACGAGUACGACGCGCUGCAGAUCACCUUCAGCGCUCUGGAGGAGAAGCUGAGGAAAACCACGGAGGACAACCAGGAGCUGGUUUCCCGCUGGAUGGCCGAGAAAGCUCAGGAGGCGAACCGCCUCAACGCCGAGAACGAGAAGGACAGCAGACGCAGACAAGCCAAACUGCAGAAGGAGCUGGCCGACGCCGCCAAAGAGCCGCUGCCCCUCGACCCGGACGACGACAUCGAGGUGCUGGCAGAGGAUUCUGGGAAAGGAGGCGGAGAGACGUCGCCGAACCGACCGCUGAGCCGGACGUCCAGUAAGAAGGUGUCUCAGGUGCCACCUGGAGGUCUGCUGGACUCCAUCUCCAACAUAUUUGGCGUGUCUGAGUGUGUUCAGCCUGGACUCGUCCCUCCACACUCCAGGCGUCGAACUGCCAACUCCUUCUCGUCACCGGAGGCCACCGAGGCUCCGUCGGGUUGCUGCGCCGACGUCCGAGUCCCGUGCACGGCGCUGCACGUGUUCGACGCUCACGACGGCGAGGUGAACGCGGUGAGGUUCAGCCCCGGCUCCCGUCUCCUAGCAACAGGAGGGAUGGACCGGCGCGUGAAGCUGUGGGACGUCGUCUCAGGUCGCUGUGAGCCUAAAGGAGCUCUGACCGGCAGCAACGCAGGAAUCACCAGCAUCGAGUUUGACAGCGCAGGCUCGUAUUUGCUCGCCGCCUCCAACGACUUCGCCAGUCGGAUUUGGACCGUAGACGACUACAGACUGAGGCACACUCUGACGGGUCACAGCGGGAAGGUUCUGGCAGCUCGCUUCCUAUUGGACAACGCUCGAAUCGCCUCCGGAAGCUACGACCGAACACUUAAACUGUGGGACCUCCGCAGCAAAGUCUGUAUCAAGACGGUGUUUGCAGGUUCGAGCUGUAACGACAUUGUGUGCACGGAGCAGUGCAUCAUGAGCGGACACUUCGAUAAGAAGGUUCGAUUCUGGGACAGCAGGGCGGAGACUAUAGUCCAGGAGUUGGAGCUGCUGGGAAGGGUCACGUCUCUGGACCUGAACCACGACCGCACAGAGCUGCUCACCUGCACCAGAGACGACCUGGUGAAGAUCAUCGACCUGAGAGCCAACGCUGUCAGACAGACCUUCAGUGCUCAGGGCUUCAAGUGUGGAGCCGACUGGACCAGAGUCACAUUCAGUCCUGACGGCAGCUACAUCGCCGGAGGAUCAGCUGACGGCGCUUUGUACAUCUGGAACGUUCUGACGGGAAAGGUCGACAAAACUCUGGACAAAAGCCACAACUCUGCCAUCAACUCAGUGUCCUGGUCGCCGUCGGGAACGUUCGUCGCCAGCGUGGAAAAAGGCAGUAAAGCCAUCCUGUGGUCUGACAUGUGAUUGGACGAGCCGUAGGACUGUCGGCCAAUCAGACGCCGGACGUUGUUUUUGUUUUGUUUUUAUUUGGAGCUCGGACUCAGCGCGGCGAAGUCGGACUGAAGCUGGUUGUUCUACGUCGUGAUGAAAUGUUUGUCUGAGACGAAGAUCCAGAUGUUUGUCUGUGUGUGAAGGGAGGAGGGGGGUGAUGGGGGGGGGGGGGCUUUUAAUGAUCCAGAAAAUUAAGACAUUUAAACUUCUGAGAGGAUAAAAAGACAUUUCUCUGGAAGAAGAAGAAGAAGAAGUGAGACGGACGAAGCUUCACACGACUCGACUGUUUGUGUAAAUGUGUCGAUUAAAGAAUAAAAUCAGCUGAUCCGUGUUUAUUUAACUGUGAGGCAGCGGCUGUGUUCACACUCCCGAUCCUCUCCUUCCUGUCGGUGAAACUUUAACCAUGCAGCACUUUAGGAGAACCGAAGCCUGACGUGCACUUGCAGCGGAGAGAUGGAAAUAAAAACAUGGUGGUUCUUUUUUUGUUUGGGUUUUUGUUUUUUUUGUUUUUUGUUGUCAGAGUUUAUGAAGAAUAUAAAUAAUUGUGAGCAGUGAUUGAAUGUUGUGUUCAGGAUUACAGGAAAAUAAACACACUAACACACACCUGAAA